CCCGAGCGGCAUCGCGGUUCCACCCAUUUCCAGCUGAGGAAGAUGGCGACGGCAGCGCUGAACAAGCGGAGGAGGCGGUAGCUACGGCGCUGAAAACGAAGGAGAUACGCCGCAGACGGACGAGGGAGGUGUUUUGCAAAAAGGACAAAAAUAUAAAAGGAACAGAAGAUAUUGGGUGAAACUCCACCAUUCCCCAAGCUCCCACUCCAUUGGUCAGAACAACUAAGAUAUUGAGUAGGAAGCCCCUUCCCAUCAGCCUGGGCCUGGUGUUUGGCGUCUUCUCGCUCCCCAACUCUUCAACAAGACCACUCUGGGCUGGUAGCCUGAUAUUGCCCAGAACUACAACAGAAACACAACCUACUACGCUGUCCGCCCUCGCUUUCUGCAGCAAGGUUUUGAUUGGUUCGUGGGUUAUAUUCGCCUUUUUCGACCGGUUGCCUUUUCUUGCCAUCCAUCCUCGAAGCUCAAAGUCUACCUUGAGCAGCCUCUACUGGGCACCCACCUUCCACAUUUUAACCCGAAGACUCUGUUCAACCUUCCCUCUCUUGUCAAAAACUUCACCUUUUCGCUCGGUUGUUUUGUUUAACCUUUAAGCCAUUAUUGGUAGACUGGCUGGACUUUUGUUACGAAGCAACAUAUUUAUUGGGUCUUUUCAUUAGGAGAAAGGUUACAAUCAUCAAUUUGAAGGUAUUCUGAUCCCAGUCGAUCAACUUUAAUACCUGAUAAUUAUUACAAAGUUGGGCUCCAGUGCAUUGCAUCCACAUACUAUUUGGUGCUGAUUUUAACUCUAAGGGAUCUAAUCUCUUCCAUCCGCUACCACCCUCAGUCUGAACUCUUCUUCACUACAACAAAGUUACUUUGCCCUGCUAACCUCUUACCCAACCCUCCUUUAAAACCCAUCUGCUAGUGAAGGCUUUGAUAACCCUUCACUAGCAAGACUUGCAGACUCUGUCUGGGCUAGGUGGAGUGGAACAAAAGUUGAGAAGGCCUUUCGUAGGAAGGCAGAGAUUCCUACUGAGUGGGUGGGGGAGGGAAGGGGGGGGGGAUGUAAUGCAACACGAGAGAAUCUGACUGCCCGGUGUCACACUCACGAGUCCCCCUCUUGUAAGAAAGAGGUGGGGGUGGGGGGAGGUGAUUUCUGUGCACAGGGGAGGUGUUUCUCUUCAUCGCCCACUGCCCCCUCACCCCUUCCCCCAUGGCGGCCAGCGGUAAGAGGAGUGGCCAGCAGUGGCCGGAGGAGCAGCUGAGCAAACAGCACGGGCUGCACUCGUUGCACCGCAUGUUCCAGAUCGUGGGGGCCCAGCUCACCCACCGGGACGUCCGUGUCCUCUCCUUCCUCUUCGUCGACGUCAUUGCUGACUACGAGCGGGGAUUGAUCCGCAGCGGCCGUGACUUCUUCCUAGCCCUAGAGCGGCAGGGCCGUUGUGAUGAGACCAACUUCCAACACGUUCUGCAACUCCUGCGCAUCAUCACCCGACACGACCUGCUGCCCUACGUCACACUUAAGCGGCGCAAGACCGUAUCGCCGGAUCCCGUGGAUAAAUACCUGGAGCAGAGUUCCGUCACCUAUGUCAUGCCCCGAAGCUUGGCUGCUGAGGGAGCGACAGAGCACAACAAACCAGGUCGGCUGUUGUGCUGUUCCCCUGUUGUGUCCCAUCCCCUCCGACAGAGACUGUACCAGGUCCGUGGUGCAGGGGGCCGGCGGGGAAAGCAGAAGACCACCGUGCUGGACAGCAAGGAGAAGCAAACCUGUGACAUCCGGCUUCGUGUGAGGGCUGAGUACUGCCAGCACCAGACAGCGCUGGAGGGCAACGUCUUCUCCAACAAGCCGGGUCGGCUGGAGCGCCAGUUCGAGCGCUUCGCCCAGGCCAACACCAUCCUCAAGUCCCGGGACCUAGGCUCCAUCAUCUGCGACAUCAAGUUCUCCGAGCUCACCUACCUCGACGCCUUCUGGAGGGACUACAUCAACGGCUCGCUGCUCGAGGCCCUCAAGGGCGUCUUUAUCACCGACUCCCUCAAGCAGGCCGUGGGCCAUGAGGCCAUCAAGCUGCUGGUCAACGUGGACGAGGAUGACUAUACGGCAGGCAGGCAGAGGUUGCUACACAACCUCAUGCUGCAGCACGGGCCCUGAGGGGCAGGGGCGUGGGGGGCACCUCCAACACACAGGCCUGGAGGGUGGCAUGUGCUCCGCUCUUAUCCCCUCUAACCCCCUCCCUUUAUCUAAGCCCUCUCCUUCUCUCUGUCACUGCUGCUCCUCUAACUCUGUUCCUUUCUCCAUCUACUCGCCAUUCCUCAGGUCUCCCCCACUCACUCACUCACUCCCCUCCACGUUUGCUGACUAAACCCUCCAUCUCACGCCCUCCUCCCCCCUGGCACCCGCCUCUUGUCCCCCACCUUGUGCCCAUUUCCCCCCCUUGUGCCCCCCUUCCCCUCCCCCCCCUUGAACUCGCGCCUUCCUCUCCCUCCUGAAACUCACCUCCUCCUCUUCCUUCUCCCUCCCCUCCCCCUUGUGCCUGCCAUCCCGCUCCUUCCUGCCCCCCUCAAUGCUGUGUACCGCCCACUGCCGGGGCCUGAGUGGAGUUUGGGGUGAAAUUGGCUCCAGCUCGGAGCAACAAAUUGUGAGAGGGUGCUGCCACUUCUGCAGUGACGUGAGUGAGGAGUGAGCCCAGCUGGCUAAUCUGCACCCUGGGACAGACAGAUGACAUUCGGUGCACAGCCAGCAGAGGGCCUGGGAUCCCUGACCUCCAGCCCCAAAGUGGGCUGCGAUCGCUCGUUCAACAACUCAAUUGUGGUAUUAAGGAAAUAAUCAGAACUGUGAACUGUGAGAAUCUCUUCCAUUGCUCAUUGCAGUUUGAACAAGCAAAAGGCCAGAGAGGUUGAGACAGUCUUUCUGAGAGUCACUCAUACAGUGUCUGAAGCUCCCCCCUAUACUGUUCCAUCACACACUCCCAGAGCACGGGUUAGACACAGAGUGAGGCUCGCUGUACACUGACCCGUCACACUCACCAGGGCAUGUACUAGAUACAGAGUGAAGCUCCUUUUGCACUGUCUCGUAAAUCACGCUAUGGUUUCUGACAGAGGAGACGUGUUUGUUCAGAGGUUAUUUGCAACCUGCAUUUAAAUGGAUGCUUCUCCAAAGGGGUGAACUGCGGAUAAGUGAUGUUGACCCAGCCCACAACUGACCUGCAAGUUUACAGGGAUUGAACAGGCAGUCUUGAGUUUACAUGUUCAGAGAGAGGAUGAGUUGGAUAUCGGAAAUGUUCUGGACUGAGGAUUUGUCUCGGGUUCUCUUAUAUAGAUUUAUAGCCCAGAAACUGAGCGGAUUCUUCAGUGGGCUGAAUGACCUCCUGACCCUAUGUAAUAGACGAGAGACCUCCUAUCCCCAUAAGAGCUGACUGGGCUUUUCCCCAUAACAAGUGGGCUGUGGUCUGAAUGGCUUCCUUUCUGUAUCCUAAAGACUCCACUUCUUUUAAAAGGCUGGAGAGAUUAACAUAAUCCUCAGAAUUGACAGUGAGAUAAAUGCACGCAGUAGCAGAUUGCCACAAUGGCGUCUCGAGGAAAUGCCCGAGAGAAGAAUGUGCACUUUGGGAAGAGUAGCUGUGCCUUGAUCCUGCCUUCUCCAGUUCGCCUUAGGAGGGUGAAACUGAUGCAGUUUGUUUGGACUGAAAGUUGAUAAAAGACUUGCACAAGAGCUUCUGAAUGUUCCACACUUCUCGUUCUGAGUGAAGUACAAUAAACGGUCAGAGAUAUUUA